AUGUCCCUUCAGAUUGCAAAACGGCUGGUUGAGAACAAAGUGGAUGUCAGUGUCAAGGACAGAUACAACAAGUCUGCAAUUGAGUAUGUCUCAGUUAAUUCCCCCUUAAAGGAGUUGAUGAAGUCAGGUUUUACCAAACCAAAUUUAGCUGGAUCAAGGAGCUCACAGACUUGGCAUGACCUCAAGGAAAUGGGAAAUGUGGCGUUCAAGCAGGCAGAUUACAAGAAAGCUUUGCAGGUAUACUCUCAGGCGAUAUCACACUUUGAAAGCAAAUUGGAAAACCCUUCUAAUGUCUUGAGCAAAGAAGAUGGACGCAGUCUUGCUGUUUUGUAUGGUAAUCGUGCUGAAUGCUGGUACAAGCAAGGAAAUUUGCUCAUGUUUCUGGACAAUGCCAAAAGGAGUGUUAAUGCAGAUGGAAGUUGGUACAAGGGCCACUGGAGAGUUGGAAAAGCAUUUCGAGACCAAGGAAAAGUGAAGAAAGCAGUUACAGCUUUUUUUAAUACGUUGAAAGCACUUAAAAGUAGUGAUGGAGAAGGGCUGGAAAUUCUCAUAUUGUCAGAUCUUGUGGAAAUGAUUUAUGAGCUGAAAGAUGGUCGAGAGGUGUACAUGCAGGAUCUGAAGCAUAUUUCUUUUGAACAGUGGCGACAACUCUCGUAUGACUUCAUUGUUCGUUUGAAAUGGGAAUUGGCAGAAUUCAUCUACAGAAAUUUUGAUCCUAAGGCUGCAGUCGUUAAAAACCGCAAUUUUGAUCUGGGACCAUUUUGUAAAAUGGAUCUUUUGGACAGUCAACGGUGGAUCUGUGGGUUUCUACUGUGGUUUUUGACAACUGGAGCUGAUCACAGGACACUGAAGUUUCAUGCGGGAGAUACCUACUUUCAUGCAACCAUUUCAAUUAUUGUACAGUCAGGAAGCAGUCCAACAACUGGGAACAAGUCGAUGGACUCCGAAGCCACCAGACUGCUGGAUUUUAUUGUACUAAACAAAGUUAUCCCCGGUGGUGAGAUCAAUAUUCGAGAUCAUAAACAGAACACUGUGUUGCACCUGUUAGCAAUGUUAAAAGGACCAGAUAAAAUGCGACAGUUUCUAGCACAUUACCUUCUAGAAAAAGGUGUUGAUGUCAUGGCACAAAACAAUGAAAAUAAACAAGUUCUUGAACUGGUCAACAGUUCAGAUGUGAUUAGGAAACCAAUACAGGACAAUUUGAGUAAACACAAAUUCAUUGACAAGCUGAAAGAUCAGAAAAAGCCAGUCAGCAAUUCCUCACAAAAAAGCCAGUAUCAAAACAAAUCUAGAGAUAAUAUUUCACUACAAAAGACCUCCCAAGAGUGUAAUAUUUGUGAAAAAAGAUUAGAUAAAGCCUUAUUAUGGCAUGCAAAGGAAAACUAUUUUGAGGAGUUUUCAGAGUUGGUGGAUGUGAUUAACUGCAGCAACAGUGAUAACUUGCAUCACAAAGGUCUGAAUACUAGAGCUGUUCAGCGGAUUGCUGUCCUGUUGUCUUAUGACGUGGCACAUGAAAUCCCAUCAUCAUUUUUCAAAAUUCAUGCAACAAAGUUCAAGGAUGUGUUGAUUGCUGUGGCUAUUUCUGGAAACUGGGUACAACUGGAGAUUCUUGUGAACAGAUUCAAACAAACAAAGGGUCAGCACGCAGUGUCAAAGUUUGCAAAAAGCUUGUCACUAGCAGAUCUGGUCGCAGAUCAGUCUCUUGUUGAUAAGGAAUCUGUAAGAAUAAAGCUGAUCAACUUGUUUGUGAAGAAUGGAGCUACUCUUGAUCCAGCAACGUCAGCCUCCACUCUUGAAACUGCUGUGAGGAAUUUAGAAUGGCAGGUUGUAUUGAAACUUCUUGAACUGGGUGCCGAUCCUCGAGGCAUGACUCUAACUGCUGGUGACACUCCAUAUCAUGUUGCAUUGCAUGUGGCUUUGAAGAAUGACCCAGGCAAUUUUUUGCUUCUGGAGAAACUAAAGCAUGUUUAUGAAAACAGCAAGACCAUUUCUCCAUGUUUAGAUGUGUCUUGUCAGGAUAAAGAUGGCAAUACACUUUUACAUAUUGCUGCUCAGGCAAAGUUUAAUCAUCAUUCGUUGCAUGCAGUAGAGUUACUUUGCCAGUGGAAAGUAAAAGCUGACAUUGAAAACAAAGAAGGAAAGCUGGCAAUUCAUUAUAUCCUAAAUGAUAAGGACAGAAGAGCUCAGUACUUGAAAACAGCCUCUAAAGGUUCACUGAUGUCAGCCCCUCACUAUGCAGUAAGCAGCAGCAGUAAAGCAUCAGGUGCAGUUAAAUCAACUGGUACCUCAGCAACAAAUGUAUCACCAGGUACACCAGGAACCAGUGUGUCAGCAGGAGCAAGGCCAAAAGAAUUUCAGCGCACACCUGUUGUUACAUCCAUGUCAUCUGUUCAGCUGGAGAAGGUGAAAAUACAAAACCUUCUGAUGACCUUGCCCAGCUUGAACUAUAACUUUCUGGCAGAGGAUGUCAGCAAAGGGAUACAAAAACAUGGGGAAGGCACACAGGAUUCAGACGAGGACAGCAGUGAUCAGAAUGAUUCUGACAUGGAAAAAACUUCUGGAUUUGGAGCUUCCAGUCAUCCAGAGUUAGCAGAGGGUGUUGAAAACAAGUCAACCACUGAAGAAUUCAGUGUCAGUGCAAAAGCCUUUGAAAGUCUAGAGUGGGAAGUAGAGUGCACAGAGGAUGUGUGGAAUGUGUUGAAAUUUAAAAAAGAGAAAGUGAAAGGUAACAAAAGGGAGGAGAGUACCCAUAAAAACCUGCCCAAAAGAGUAAUGUCGCAGUACUUGAAACAGUUAGUUGUGAAAUACAUUCACCAGCUGGCAACAGGUGACUGGCAACCACAUUUGAAGCAACAAGUUCCAAGUACACCUGUUACACUACAGCUGUUCAAAAUCACAUUACCUCAUGGAGCUUACAUUCUCUGGGAGCUUGCUGUAGCAUUUUCUCCUCGAUUAAAUCAAAGUGCAGACACUUUACUGACACAAGAGACAGUAAGGACAUCUGAAAGGUCUGCUGCUAAGGCACCCCGAAUGUACUCUGAAACUAUUAGAGUAUGGAGCAUCGUGUUGGAGCAAUCAAAGCUGCAGCCUGAUGUUCAGAGGAUCAUCAGUUCACAUGAGAGGGGCAAGAGUUGCAUAAUUCAAAAACGUAUAAGAGCCCUGAAUGUUGGUCAUUUUGACCAGUCUAUUUCACUACGCCUCCCCUUGCUGUAUGUUGAGCAGAACAGUGAUGAAAGACUGCCUGGAGAUUUGCAGCAAGAUGUUCAGCGAUAUCUGUUUCCACCUGCAAGUGCUCACAUGAAUGAAUAUCAUGUUCUGAAGUUUUAUUCCUUUUCAGCCUCCCUUGUGUCCGCUGUGCUGGAUAAAAUUGAUGCAGAUGUUGAUUUUCCAUUUCGAGUGACUGAUAUAGAGGAUGCAAUUAUCUGUUUGAAAGCAUCAUCUCCUUUACUCCUGCUUGGACGUAGUGGUACGGGCAAAACCACAUGUUGCCUUUAUCGAUUGUGGAGUGUAUUUCAGAAUUACUGGAAGGAGGCAGUGAAUGUUGGUACACCCUUACUUCCAAGGCAAAAAUAUCCUGAAAUUAAAGAAAAUGAGGAAGACGAUGGUAAAGCGGCAGCUGACCUCACUGAUGCAGGUCAUGUGACUCAAGAGUAUAACCUCAGAAGCAAAAGAAAUGAAAGUCAGGAGAAAGGUCAUGAGCUUGAAAGUGAUGAUGGAGAUAGUCACAGUGAAAGUCCUGAUGAGGAUGAUGAUGACAAUGACUAUGAUGGUGAAGUUCUGUAUGAUCAUCUUCAUCAGGUCUUUGUUACUAAAAACCCAGUUCUGUGCUUGGAGGUGCAGAAGAGUUUUAUCAAACUCUGCAAUGCAACAGAUCUCAAACAAAGAGGGCAUAUUAACCAUAAUGGAAACCUACCUAAUACUAUUCAGGAUGUGACAGAUUCCACUUUUCCUCUGUUCCUGACUUCAAGACAGUUGUUGUUAAUGUUAGAUGCUUCAGUGGAUGGGGACAGUUUUUUCCCACGCAAUGAGGAUCUGGCAUUGAAAGUGCACAUCCCAGGCUGGGGGACUCAGGAAGACAUUUUUAGUGCCAUACCUUUGGAACAAGAUGAUUUGUUGGACAGUGACAAUGAUGAUGUUGAUUAUAAAGACAAAAGUGUGAAUCUUCCCAAAAAAGUAAAACAUGUGCAUGACCUGGGAAAUCAACCUGAACUCAAAGCAUAUGCUAGACGUGAAUGCACUUAUGAAGAUUUUGCAUACGAAGUCUGGCCUAAAAUAGCGAAAAAGGCAGAGAUUGAUUGUCAUCCAUCCCUUGUGUGGACAGAAAUUAUGUCUUUUAUCAAAGGAUCAUAUGAAUCCCUUUAUACUGAAAAGGGUUAUCUGGACAAAGAGGAAUACAUAAACGUAGGUCGCAAGAGGGCACCCAAUUUUAGUGGAAGCCGAUCACAGGUCUAUGAUGUCUUCUUGAAAUAUAAUAACUACAAACAGCAGCAUUCCCUUUUUGAUGAGGCAGAUCUUGUCUAUAAACUCUACUGCCGGCUUCGGAAGAUGACAUUUCAGCCUUGGAUUAUACAUGAAAUCUAUGUGGAUGAAACCCAAGAUUUCACACAGGCAGAAUUGGCUCUAUUGGUCUCACUGUGUUCAGAACCAAACAAGAUGUUUCUCACAGGGGACACAGCUCAGAGCAUAAUGAGAGGGAUAUCAUUUAGGUUUCAUGAUCUGAGAUCUAUGUUUUACCACACCAAGAAUUCAGCUGACAAAAAGGAGAGGCAUUUAUCAUCCUUAAAGGUUCCAGAGAAGGUUCACCAGCUCACUCAUAAUUACCGCUCACAUACAGGGAUUCUGUCUUUGGCAUCAGCAGUUCUGGAUAUUCUUUUAGAACUGUUCCCAGAUUCGUUUGAUCCUCUUGAGAAAGAUCAGGGCAUGUUUGCAGGUCCCAAGCCAAUCAUUAUAGAAUCCAGUAGUCCAGGAGAUCUUGCUCUGCUUUUGACUGGAAGCAGAAGGAAGACCUCUCACAUAGAAUUUGGAGCUCAUCAAGCUAUCCUGGUUGUCAGUGAAGGAGCUAAAGCUCAACUCCCAGAAGAAUUAGGAAGUGGAAUUGUGUUGACUAUUUUUGAAUCAAAGGGUUUGGAGUUUGAUGAUGUUCUUAUAUACAAUUUCUUCAAAGACUCGCAU